UGCGCAUCUAGCCAAUUUGUAAGACGAUCCUGCUACUCCAAGCCAUCAGCAAUCCUUGCGAAGGGGCACCCUCAUGCAUUCCUGUCAAGUCAUCUUGUGAAAGGCUGCCUGCUUCCAGCUUGGCUUGGAUGUUCAACCUUAAUAAAACUCACUGAGGUCUGGGAGAAAAUAGCAGAUCUGCAGCAGAUAGGGUAGAGGAAAGGGUCUAGAAUAUGUACACGCAGCUGACUCAGGCAGGCUCCACGCUGAACGGUUACACAGAGAGGAAACAAUAAAUCUCAGCUACUAUGCAAUAAAUAUCUCAAGUUUUAACUAAGGGAAACUAUCAUUACAGUGAAAUUAAAAAUAUAUAUAACAUUUUAGAACAAAGCUUAACAAAUGGCUAGUUUUCUCUGAUUCUUCUUCAAAAGCUUUCUUUGGACAGGGGAAAAAGUCAGAGGCAAGCAGUUUUACCUGAAAUAAAGAAGUAGCUUAAAGGUCAGAAGAAAAGGAGCAAGUUUUGCGAGAGGCACGGAGAGAGAGCGCGCUGGCAGUACAAUGACAGUUUUCCUCUCCUUAGCUUUCCUCGCUGCCUUUCUGACUCACGUAGGCUGCAGCAACCAGCGCCGAAGUCCAGAGAACGGUGGGAGAAGAUAUAGCCGGAUUCAGUAUGGGCAAUGUGCCUACACUUUCAUUCUUCCAGAACAUGACGGGAACUGUCGUGAGAGCAGGACAGACCAGUACAACCCAAACGCUCUGCAGAGAGAUGCCCCACACGUGGAACCGGAUUUCUCUUCCCAGAAACUUCAACAUCUGGAGCAUGUGCUGGAAAACUACACUCAGUGGCUGCAAAAAAUUGAGAAUUACGUGGUGGAAAAUAUGAAGUCGGAAAUGGCCCAGAUACAGCAGAGUGCAGUUCAGAACCACACGGCCACCAUGCUCGAGAUAGGAACCAGCCUCCUCUCGCAGACCGCAGAGCAGACCAGAAAGCUGACAGAUGUGGAGACGCAGAUGCUAAAUCAAACAUCCCGACUUGAAAUACAACUGCUGGAGAAUUCAUUAUCAACCUACAAGCUAGAGAAGCAACUUCUUCAACAGACAAAUGAAAUCCUAAAGAUUCAGGAGAAAAACAGUUUAUUAGAACAUAAAAUCUCAGAAUUGGAGGGAAAGCACAAGGAAGAGUUGGACACCUUAAGGGAAGAGAAGGAGACUCUCCAAACCUUGGUUACUCGGCAAACAUAUAUAAUCCAGGAACUUGGGAAGCAGCUGAAUAGAGCGACCACCAACAACAGUGUCCUUCAGAAGCAGCAGCUGGAGCUGACGGACACAGUGCAUAACCUUGUCAACCUGUUCACUAAAGAAGGUGUUUUACUAAAGGGAGGAAAAAAAGAGGAACCAUUUAGAGACUGUGCAGAUGUAUAUCAAGCUGGUUUUAAUAAAAGUGGAAUCUACACUAUUUAUAUUAAUAAUAUGCCAGAACCCAAAAAGGUAUUUUGCAAUAUGGAUCUUAAUGGGGGUGGUUGGACUGUGAUACAGCAUCGUGAAGAUGGAAGUGUGGAUUUCCAAAGAGGUUGGAAAGAAUAUAAAAUGGGUUUUGGAAAUCCCUCUGGUGAAUACUGGCUGGGGAAUGAGUUUAUUUUUGCCAUGACCAGUCAGAGGCAGUACACACUCAGAAUCCAGUUAAUGGACUGGGAGGGAAACCAGGCCUAUUCGCAAUAUGACAGAUUCCACAUAGGAAAUGAAAAGCAAAACUAUAGGUUGUAUUUAAAGGGUCACAGUGGGACAGCAGGACAGCAGAGCAGCUUGGUCAUACAUGGCGCUGAUUUCAGCACUAAAGAUGCUGAUAAUGACAACUGUCUAUGCAAAUGCGCCCUCAUGCUCACAGGAGGCUGGUGGUUUGAUGCUUGUGGCCCAUCCAAUCUAAACGGAAUGUUCUAUACCGCGGGACAAAACCUGGGCAAACUGAACGGGAUAAAGUGGCAUUACUUCAAAGGGCCCAGUUACUCCUUACAUUCCGCAACCAUGAUGAUCCGACCUUUGGAUUUCUGAAGGCACGGUCUCAGGAGCAGCUCAUAACAACAACCAAGAAAUCUGGAGACGCUACCAGAUGAGAACCCUCUUGGAAACUUCUGGAGCAAAACCAUGUGUCCCCCUUUCCGGCAACAACAGGCAGCAGUUCUGUGAAAUCAGCAAGGUUCUUGACUGUGGAUGUGGAGCCUGUUGAGUUCACAAGAGUCUGUGCUUGGGUUGACCCUGUUCGUGUGGCUCGGCUGUCGAGGGUGCCACUCACUGUCAUGCUUUCAAAAGGAAAGGAACCGCUCAGCUCCCUGUGCUUCAAACUACUACUGGAUCUUACUUUGGAACUAUGAUACAUAGGGCUUGUUUCAGGCAAAACUGAAAAAAGAAGAACACGAACCAACAACAAAAAAAGAAUGCCCGUGAAGAAGGAAGCAGGCCUGCUACCAUCCCGUGGGAAAGACGUAUCACACCAGUGAGAUGGUGGUAUUUCUAUGCAAACCUACUAACAAUACGUUUAUACUAUUGCACAAUUUUAGUACAAGUUCAGGAGGCACAGCAUCCAUCGCUCUCUGAGUUGGCUCCAUGUUAAUGAAUCUCAGAAGUCAUGCUUGCUCAUUGAUUUCAGUUAACCCGUCUUCAAAUGUAAACUCCAUGUUGUUAAGUCAUAAUGAAUUGUAGUGCAUGAAGGCUAACAGUGUGAUGUCGAGACAGACUCCGUUACUCUUUGAUUUUUUUUUAUACAGUCCCCAGAAGAAGAAAAAAAGAACAUUAUCAAGUAUGGAACUAUCCGGUAAAAAAGUUAACCCCUCCCCACUACAGUUUUCAUUUGCUCUAAAAACUGACUGACUGAUAUAAAAAAUAUAUAUUUAUAGCCUGAGUAAAGUUUAACGAAUGUGAAAUUUAUCAUCAAGCUCUUAAAAUAAUAUACAUGCAUUUAAUAUUUCCCAUGAUAUUAUACAUGAAAGCAGUUUUUUUUAGAGUGUAUUAAACUGAAGUAAAACCAAGUAAACUGGAACAGUUUAUUUUACAGUAUUUUCUUGCAUGUGUACAUGUGAGUGUAACUACAUUAUUUUUAAAUAAUGAUCUUCACCCUGUUAUUUCAUGCUAAUUUAAUUUUUUCUAACUAACUGAAACAUGCUUUCCAAAUUUACCCCGUUCCAGUUUCCAUAAAAGAUACACUUUGAAGUCUAUGAAAAAUAAAAGAAUUAUAUUGUAUAUAGUGUGUUUAUAUCCACAGGAAACCUAAUAGUUGUUUAAUCUGGAAUAUGCAACAUUGCUCUUAAUUGAUGCCAAUAAACAUAAGUUUUUAAAGAAAUCUACUACACUACUUUAUGAAAUACAUAUUUCUCCAUGUUUUUCUCCCUCCGUCUGUUUUUCUUGAGCAGUUUCAGAUUUUAAAAAAUUAUUAGUGAUAAAAAUUGGCAAAACUCUGUAUUAUACAUAAGGGAAAUACA